AUUAGUAGGACAUCAAACGACGUCGUUGUCCGCGAGGUCAGUGACCUAUGAAUUAAGCCGCACGCGCCCGAUUUACGCGCCGAGAGAAAGGUUUAUGUCGUGGGAUUCCCUCAGCUACUCGGGCGACGAACCUCGCGUGCUGCAUGUGACCGUGGUGGAGAUAGGGACGAAAGGGGGGAGGUUGAGUUGUCGUUGCGGUGUUGUGGACGUUUGUAUGUGCUAUUCAGCAGCACGGCGGAUUGGAUGUGGUUAUUGGAGAGGACAAUAGCUUGAACAGCAACAGAAGACGAGGAGAGGGUGGUGGGGUUCCCGCAGUUAGCCAGCCCCCCUCCUCCUCUGAAAAGAGGUCUGCACUUCUCCAAGCCCAGGCAAGUCCAUUUUGAAUGACAGCAGCGCUGCAACAAAAGCAACGGACACCUCUCUGUCUCGCUUGUUUUGCUCUCUAUCUCUCUUGUCUCGUCGCCCUCAAGGGACUUGUGUUGCCAUUUUAAGGAAUCUUGAAGAAGACGCACCGGCUGGCUGGCUAGCUGGCGGACUGGUUUCGCAGAAGAACACGAAAAGAGGAAACCUGACUUGACGCGACGGAAUAUUGUCAAACGAAUUAGGAUCUGUGGAGAGAAAAAAAAAUCGAAGGCUAAUAACAACCGCGGCUCACCGAGCACCUUAAUUAAUGGCCAGUUAGCGGUGAGGUAAAUAUUGCAUCGAGAUUUAUGGAGGUUGCAGGACAUUUAUAGAUCCGCAUCGAACCUCCCCCCUAAGGACCGAACUGAGGUUUAAUCGUGUGAAUAGAGGUUGCCUUGUUGUUGGCUUGGCUUGGCUGCAACGUACGGCGACUCGCGGGUUAACUGCCAAAUGCAAGAAUAGGUUAACAGGGACUACAUUGAAAUCGCCCGUUUCGUGAUCGCGUUGUAAAGUGGCUUUCGGGUACAUUGCCCGAUAGAUAGAUGCGACCACAGCGAGAGGUCCGUCGGCUCCAGCACCACGGAAUUCUCACGCCUUCAACAAAAUCUCCCCAAGAAAUAGCCCACAAGCUUGAGGGAGCGAGCAACCACCAUCUCCGCGUUUAUUAGAUAGCGUGCUGAGCUCUCACCCACCUGAAAUGUAUCCCGAUUCCCUGCUGCAGAAUUUUAAUAAGGGAGUCGUGCAUCGCCGAUAGGAUAACUCAAAGCCCCCCCGUUUUGUUGGUAGGUUAUUUGCCUUCUGCCUUGGACCCAUUUGGAAGGAAUCUAUACCGUGCGUUUUGGGGACCUGCUGUAGCCUGGUGUAUUUUUGCUGGUGACAGGACAGAAUCAGAAUAAGCAUGGCUGCGGUUGUCAACUACUCGCCGCCUUGGUGGGCGAAUCUUCUUCACCGCCUGCCCCACUUCAACCUGCAGUUCGAGAUGACGAGCAGUGAUUUCAGACCAGAGGACUCCGAGUACCAGAAGUCUGUGCUCCUAUUGGGCUCUGUGGCGCUGGUGUGCCUGGCCCUCGACCUGCUGUUCCUGCUGUGCUACUCCUUCUGGCUGUGCUGCCGGCGCCGCAAGAGCGAGGAGCCGCCCAACGCAGACUGCUGCUGCACCGCCUGGUGUGUCAUCAUCGCCACGCUCGUAUGCAGUGCUGGCAUCGCUGUGGGCUUCUAUGGCAACGGUGAGACGUGCGACGGCAUGAACAGGUUGACGUACUCCCUGCGCCACGCCAACCAGACUGUGGCCGGCAUCGACAAACUGGUCUCCAGCAGUACCCAGGCCCUGAAUGAAUCCGUGCAGGCGGGCUUGGUGCAGUGCGAGGGGGCCUACGCCCAGCAGACAGACUACCUGUCCAUCGUGCAGAAGCUGCAGGGUCAGCUGGAUGAGCUACUGGGGCUGCUGGUGGAGGUGCCCUUCUGGAGCAAUAACGACCUGUCCCUGCACACGCUGGCUGUCACCACGGACCAGUACGACUGGUACAGGUGGCUGGCCUACCUUGGCCUUCUGCUGUUUGACGUGCUCAUCUGUCUGCUGGUGCUGGUGGGACUCAUCCGCAACUCCAGGGGCACUCUGAUUGGAGUCUGCAUUCUUGGAGUUCUUGCGCUAGUCAUCAGCUGGGCUACCUUGGGCGUGGAGCUGUCUGUUGCCGUGACCACCAGUGACUUCUGCGUGUCCCCCAACACCUAUGUUACCAAGGUGACCAAGGAGAAUGCCGUCAUCGACCAAGAUAUUCUGCAGUACUACCUGAAGUGCAGCAUGGGGCAAGUCAACCCUUUCCAACAGAAACUGUCUGGCAGCCACAAGUCUCUUGUGGAGAUGCAGGACGACGUCGCAGAGCUACUGCGCUCAGCCACCAGAGAGUUCCCACAGACCAAGGGUAACCUGGAGGAUAUCCAGUCGGUGUUGAACUCUACUGAGGUCAGCCUCCACCAGCUCACCGCCCUCCUCGACUGCCGCAGCCUCCACAUGGACUACGUCCAGGCUCUGACCGGUCUCUGUUAUGACGGUGUGGAGGGCCUCAUCUACCUGGUUCUCUUCUCCUUCGUGACCGCCCUCAUGUUCAGCUCCAUCGUCUGCAGCGUGCCGCACACCUGGCAGGGCAAGAGGAGUGAUGACGAUGACGGGGACGAGUCCUCGGCGGCCCACGGUGGCUCGCGGCCGCCUCACGAUAACCUGUACCGGGUGCACAUGCCCAGUCUCUACAGCUGCGGCAGCAGCACCUACGGUAGCGAGGCUAGCCUGCCCGCCGCCGCGCACACCGUCAGCAACGCGCCCGUUACCGAGUACAUGAGCCAGAACGCUAACUUUCAGAACCCUCGCUGCGAGAACACGCCACUGAUUGGCAGGGAGUCCCCUCCACCCUCUUACACCUCAAGUAUGAGGGCGAAGUACCUUGCCAACAGUCGUCCCGGUGACCCUCAACCUCCACAAUCACAACAGCUACAACAACAACAACAACAACAACAGCCGCAGCAGCCGCAGCAGCAGCUCACCCCCCACGUGAGAAUGGACCACCUCCAGACCAACCGUGGCGGCGACCCCCACCUUCGCCCCGAUCACAGCCGCUCGGCCCCCAACAGCCGGCCAAACUCGGCCAUCCACCGGCCGCACUCGUCCAUACACUAACACAGCUCAUCCACCUGCCCACUUGCCUCCUGACUUACCUAGCUACCUUGGUAUCCACCUUCCCUCCUCUAACGUAAUGGACCACCACCACCUGCUGACUAAACUGGACUCUACGACACUAACGCGCCGGGGUAAGCUUGCUGCCGGAUACGCAGGCCCAACUCAGCCAUCCACCGACUGACCGCACUCCUCCAUACACUAACACAAUUCAGCCUACAGCUACCCUAAGGGUGCGUUUCUCGACAGCAUUGUUUCUGAACUACGUUAGCAGCUAACUUGGUUGCAAUGCAAUUUCCCAUUGGCAACCUACCUACAGUGAGUUGCUAGCAAGUGGUUAGCAACGUCGCUUUCGAGAAACGGGGACCUGGAUCACCUGCCCACCUGCCUCCUUUACCUACCUUUCCUGUAUCAUGAUGGACCGAUUGCUGCUGACUAAAAUGGACUCAAUACUGACACAGCACAGCUCAGCCACCACCCUGACCCGCUCAACCAACGACCAGCUGCCUGCAGUGCUUACCUGCCUACCUACCCACUCACAAUGCGACUUCCUGCACACCUACCAACCGUACCUGCACCUGUCCUGCAUUGUAACGGACCACCACGGCCUCCGACUUGCUUGGCUCAACUCUUCCACAGUGUCCUCUCGACGGCUUCUCGACUGGCCGUUUGCCUGCCUACCCUCCCCUGCAAUGUUGUCGACUCAACACCUGGUCACCUGGCAGCCACUGGCACCGUGAUGGACCUUCAUCGCGGACUCCACACAAAAUGGCAUCCACUCCAAACCCUCUUGUAAUCACCUAGCAUCUGGUCACUAUUUGAUGGGCCAUCAAUCCACUAUCAUUAUCUUUAAAGAUAGUAUCCCCUCCUCAUAGACUACCACAUACUGCUAUGGAGUGCAGUUCACUUCAAAAAACUCUAGCAUAAAUAUCUAACAAUGACUCAUAUUCAUUGGUGUCUUCUCAUCACCACAUGGGGGGAAACUUGUACCAUGAUCCUUAAAGAAUAGCAUCACCAGUGCACUCCUCUAUGGACUUCAUAGAUAUGGAUGGACUCAACGUAGGGUAGCUCCCUCAAAAAGCCCUCCUUGUUAUUCUACUUUUCUCCAAAAGGGGGCCUCAGCGCACCAUCCUAUUAUGUCCUCCUUCAAAUACUUCUUCUUAGUCAUGGACCACAGCUAAACUGAGCAUACAGUGGCUGCCUGAAAGACUGCAAUGGACAAUUCUGGCCUCUGUUGGCCAUCCUUACAAGGGACGAACCCUACAAGCAGUGGGGGAAAAGCCCUCCAGAAAACUCUGGCAUGCAUUCGCCAGCCCUGGCCUGCCCAGCCCAAGAGAUGUGAGCUAUUGUCCUACAGAACAAAGCAAAUGCGGACAAAUUUGAAACAAAAAGACGCAUAACAAAAGAAAUCAAUAGUCCUCUGGAAAAAAGAUCUGAAUAUUUUUUUUAAUCAAAUGUAUGAUUCAAUUAUAUGAUUAAAUGAAAAACCAAAGCAUUUUCGAUCUAUACCCUUUUUUAUUGGCCAUCCCAAAAGAAAAACCCAAAGUUAAUCCCAACAAUCUUUCAAUGAGCAAUUGAGCAUCCUGCAAUUCAUUUUUUAUAAGAAUAAAGACAGAGGAAAUGUUUUUUGUAAAAAAGAAAACCACCAAUCAACCCCCUGGCUGAAAACCCAAUUUCUGUUCCUUGGCAAAGCCUUGUAAUUGGCAGGGUAAAUAAUGUCCUUGACCUUGGAUACCACUGCAAAGUUUCCAGUACUUGCAAUAGGACUUGGUGCUGUUAGAACUUGUAUAUUGGGACUUUGACAAGUAACAAAUGGCACCCUAGCGUGGACACAACUAACUUACUCUCGGCUACAGUACUAAGAAGCAUCACUCUGUGGACAUUUGAACUCUGGUCCUUGGAACUCUAUGGUCAAUUGAACUCAUAGAACAAGAACAGGCACUAUCACAGCACGGUGCACUAAAAAAGUGAACAUGUGCUUGUGAAGAAUGUCAUUUAGCAUAAUGAAGCAAAGCGCCUCAUCACAUCAGCACAACACAGCUGUAAUGCAGUAUUCUACAACAGAUCAAAACCUGAUGUCAGUAUUAAAAUAGAGAUGCACCGGAUUCUGAUUUUUAGGAUCCUGCCGGAUACCAGAUCCACUGCUUAAGAUCCUGCCGGAUCCGGAACCGGAUACCGGAUCCUACGAAAGGGUUGAAACACAUAGCCUACUCACACACGUGGGCCCUCUUCAUCACGUUGGCUCAAACUAUUUUGACUGAAAAGCCUCGGCUACCGGAUCCUGGAUCCUGGAACCGGAUCCGGAUCCUGUGAAAAACCCUAUUAUCCUGCCGGAUCCGGAACCGGAUCUUGGAUCCGGUGCAUCUCUAGUAUAAAAAUCCUCAUCCCAACCUCUCAACCCCCACCUCUACAGGGUUGCUGCUAAACACCUUUGGGGCCCUAAGAAAAUAAAAGAAUAACAUCACUUUCCACACCUUACAGAACUGAUGAUUGGUCUGGUGCUGUACGCUGAGCGCAUAGUCAUCCCACACAGCAGAGAAAUGCCAUUCUCUAAAUCGCCUGCACGAUAGGCAUCGCCAGGGCAUCGCCAAGUGCAAAGAGAGAGCAUACAUGAGUGUGCGGUCGCCCGGUGUGGAGAGAGAGAGAGAGAACUCCAGGACCUUGUGAUGAAAUGCCCAGAAUGCCUGCAGACCAACCCCCAUCUCUACGGGGCUGCUGCUACUAAACACCUUUGGGCCCUAAGAUAAAAAAAAGAUAAAGCCACUCUCCCCUCCUUACACCGUAGAAUCAUUGAUUCCUUUAUUGACUGAUUAGUAUUGUGCUAUGAGGGAUACUUGUGCAAGUGCCAGAUCCUACUCUACUUUACUCUAUUCUACUAGACCCUUGGAAUAAUCCUUAAUGUUCAUCCUUCCUCCUUUCCCCUUAACUCUGCAAAACACCUUGUCUCCCAUGUCCCAAAAUAAGUAUCUCCUUAAAGUCCAUCUCUCAUUUCCAUCUCUGCAACGGAUUAACUGUCCUUUCAGGCCUCGCUAAAUGAUCUACUGAUACUGAUAGGCCAACCUCAGUAGAGGAACACCACUGUCAAGGAUCCAACACUGCCAAUAGCCACACACCUGUGCAUUCCAAUAUGCGACCUUGCGUCCUCCACUUGUGCUUGUGGCCUCACGUUUUGCUGAUGCCCUGCAAGGUCGCAUAUUGGAACGCAGCCACAGUCCUAGCGGAGGAGUAGGCCAGCGAGAUGAUCACUAAUCGUCCACCUGAUCCUGCCUACGGGAACAAAAGAGGGACAAAAUGAAUGGGAAACACUACCUCCACUUCCUCUCCGUCACGACCAACCAACACCUGGACGACCUGGACCAGUCACUCUCCGCCCGACUCCGAUGUUUGAUCAAGAUCACACACGUUCUUACACAGUGCACACACACAAAGACACUCACACGCAUGCACACGCACACACGCACACGCACACACACACACACACACACACACACACACACACACACACACACACACACACACACACACAGACACCACUCUCUUUACAGUGACAGCCAUAGACAAUCUGAGCCAUUCCCUCUUUGUAUAUGUUUUGCUG